AUGGCCUUGGAUGAGACUCCGACAUUCGAGACCCCGCGCCCUCCGGCAGCGGCCGACAAGCCCGUUGAGGAUGCGGUUGCCGACCUGUUGACUCUGGUCAUCACCACGUCGCCAACCCCUUCGGCACCCUCGACAGACCUUCUCUCCCAGAUACUCACCUCGUUCCGUGAAUUCUGCCCCGAGCUGAGCCGCUGCAGAGUCAUCCUAGUGCUCGACACAUACGAUCACAUCAGCUCGACUGCACGGCUCAAGAAGGGCCAUGUCACGGCAGAGGGAGCCAGAAACUAUGCCGAGUACAAGAAUAACGCGAAGCGGCUUAUUCUCGACGACUACGCACCCGGCAGAACGGAACACCGUUUAGAGGACUUGUUGGAGGACUACGACGAAGCGGAGUACGGCUCCACCGCCUACGCACAACAGACGAACACGGUGCCGCUGGCCAUCACCAAAACCGAAGAUGAGCGCAUCAUAUUCGUCGAGCCCCUCCAACGCCUGGGUUUCGGACUUGCCGUACGCUCGGCCCUCAGGCUGACCAAGACGCCCUACGUCUGGAUCCAGCAGCACGAUUGGGCCUUGGUGUCGGACAUCCCCCUCCGCCCGCUCCUCACCAUCAUGCAGCAGCACUCGCAGCCCACCGCCGCUAACCUGGACGAUUUCGAGACCGCCAAGGUGCCCGUCAAAUACGUCUGCUUCCCCUCGGUCCGGAUGCUCGAGUACGCCAAAUCCGACCACGUCAUGCAGUUCCCGGCGCUGCGGGCCCUGACCAACCUACACAAGCAGAACUUCUCUGUCGCCAAACUGGGCGACGACGGCGGCGGCGGCGGCACCGUCCAAAAGAUAUCGCUCACGCCGCUCUUCUUCUGGCACGACAAGCCGCACGUGGCCGAGACGGCGCACUACCUGGCCCGGGUAUUCCCGGACCGCGCGGCGCUGCCCCGCGGCGCCUUCAUCGAGGACACCAUCGGCCACCGCGCCCGGACCGUAAAAAAGGACGCCCAGUGGCGCAAGUGGGCCUGCUGGUUGCACUACCCGGACGAGGGGAGGCGGCUGUGCGUGCGCCAUCUUAAGGGGCGCACCUGGCGGGGCACCGAGGGCGAGCUCGCGCAGAAGUUGGAGUAUAUGCGGUUGAAUCGGGGGGGUGGUGUGCUUGAUGUGAGGGUUGAGGGGGUGGAAGUGCUCGAUGUCACGGUUCAAGGGGGUGAGGUGGUUGAUGUCAGAGUUGAGAAGCAAAUACACUAG